UCCAUUUCGGCAAAAGACUCCUUAUUCUGAUCCUCCGGCGCCGCUUAUAGAAAAUCAUAUCAAAGUACAAAUCCGUCAAAAUCAGCCAUCAAAUAUGCAAAACCUCAAUACAUUUCGCAUUACAUAAACACUACUUGAGCUAUUUCAACACCACAGUAGCCUACUGAAGAAGAACUCUACGCUGAAGAAGAACGUACUGACAGCCAUGGAUAAAAAAGACGCCUCAAAAUUAAACAUAGCGAUUAUCCACCCUGAUCUUGGAAUAGGUGGAGCGGAGAGGUUAAUUGUCGAUGCUGCUGUGGAGCUCUCAUCUAACAGUCACAAUGUUCAUAUAUUUACAUCGCAUCACGACAAAAUGCGUUGUUUUGAGGAGACGGUGUCUGGUAUCUUUCCAGUUACUGUGUACGGCGCUUUUCUUCCCCGACAUAUUUUUUAUCGUCUCCAUGCAGUUUGUGCAUAUCUGAGGUGUAUCUUUGUUGCUCUUUGUGUAUUAUUUUUAUAUCCGUCUUUUGACAUUAUACUGGUGGAUCAAGUCUCCAUUGUCAUCCCGCUGAUGAAGUUGAAAAAGCUAUCCAAGGUAAUAUUUUAUUGCCAUUUUCCAGACCUAUUACUGGCUCAACACACAACCAUUCUUAGGAGAAUCUAUCGGAAACCUAUAGAUUUUCUAGAAGAAAUGACAACGGGUAUGGCUGAUUUAAUUCUUGUAAACAGCAAAUUCACAGCAUCUACAUUUGCGAAGACUUUCAAGCAAUUAAACUCACGAGGGGUUAGACCUGCCGUGCUUUAUCCAGCGGUUAACGUGGAUCAGUUUGACAAACCUAGUGCUUCUAAGUUGACAUUUCUUUCUAUCAAUCGGUUUGAGAGGAAAAAGAACAUUGAACUAGCUAUAUCUGCUUUUGCUAUGCUCUACAAUAGCCUACAGCAUGAUAACAGAGAGGAGCUUUCUUUGGUUAUUGCUGGUGGCUUUGAUAAACGGCUGAGGGAGAACGUCGAGUAUUUGGAGGAACUGAAAACCUUGGCAGAACAGGAAGGCAUAUCCGACCGUGCCCAAUUCAUCAUGUCUUGUUCUACACCCGAACGUAACACUCUUCUUUCACAAUGCCUCUGUGUGCUCUACACACCCAAGGAUGAGCAUUUUGGCAUUGUCCCGAUAGAAGCCAUGGCUGCCCACAAACCAGUAAUCGCAUGCAAUAGUGGGGGUCCAGUCGAGUCAAUAAAGAAUGGAGUAACCGGAUACCUCUGUGAGCCUACCCCUCGAGACUUCUCGGUUGCCAUGUCUAAUUUUGUUUGUGAUCCUCUGUUGUCGACAACCAUGGGUGAGGAGGCACGGCAGCAUGUCGUGGAGACAUUCUCUACGAAGACAUUCGGUCAGCGCCUAAAUGCCUAUGUUGUCGAUACUGCUCUUCAUAGAAAGAUAGAGUGAAGUGAAUAUAGCAGAAUCAAGAUUGUGAUUCUAACUCUAGAUUCUUCUUCGCAACCAUACAAAAGUUUUGCUCAUUUUUGUCUAUUUUAAGAUCAUUUAACACAGAAUUAUAGUACUUCUCUUUGCUA